UACCUUCGUCUCAUCACGCAUCCUCAUAUUAUUGUCCAAAACUAGUAGGUUGCUAUGUAUUUGAAGCUCAUUUUAUUUGCACACAUGUCGCAAAAGCAAAAGUGGUUUGUUUGGUUUUUCUAUCCUCUCACAUACCAAAUUCAUAAACAGUUUAUUACCAUUGUUAUUCUUGCUGUUUAUAAAUUAACAUCUGGCUAAAAUCGGGAAGUAAUAUUUAGUUAAUUAAAAAUUACAAAAAAUCGAAAGGAAUAAAAGGACAUGACAAAGGCGGUGGGGAUACAAUUUGUUACCGGGUUAUUUUUUCCCUUAACUAUUCUCAUUGCGGGAACGUUUGGUCAACAGUAUUUUGAUGGUGGGGGGAACACCCCAAAUUCCCAGCAUCAGGAGGAAUGCAGUUUGACGAAUUGCGACUCCUACUCAAAAUGUCCGCAUGGUUGGAUGGAACUCUACACGGAACGAUACACUUGUUCCGGCGGGAAGGAAAAGAAAUACUGCUGCUUCCCGGGUCGGACACCGCUAUGCUACCACACCCCUUGCUCCGGCCCGUCGCCCACCUGCCUCAACGGUUACCGAGAAUGGAGUCGGUCCACGUCCCAGUGCUGGAGGAACGACGAGAUUAAACUCCACUGCUGCAUCGAUGGACAUCUCCCGCAGUGCUUUAACACCACUUGUUCCGGUGCGGGAGACCUCUCAAACCAAUGUCCGGGUGGGUAUGGUCAAGUCGCUUAUUGGAAAGGGGCGGGUUGGGAGUGCCCCGCUCACUUGGAGAUGAGGACUUGCUGCAGAACUGGAGACGAUACCCGACAGAAUCAGAAUCCCUUUAAUACGCAGCAGAGAAACAAUCCAUUUUCCAAUAAUCAACAAAAUUACGACAGAAAUUAUCCCCAAAAUAAUAAUUACCCAAGUCAGAACUCAAAUUUUAAUCAGCAACAGAAUUACCAGGGUAGCUCCGAUUUUCGAGACUCUUGUCAGUACACUAAUUGUGAGACGUAUCCUCCACGAUGCCCCGUCACACACUCACAGGAACUAUCAACGGACAAAAGUUAUUGCACACAAGGCCGAGAACGGAGACUUUGCUGUCGCCCCGGACAACUACCCCCGUGCUACGAUACUUCCUGUGAGUCUGGUACGAACUUAAGGUGCCCCAAUGGCUACCGGGAAUGGAGCCGGGACACGGUUGGCUGUGGUGGUUCAAACGAGCAGAAGCUUCACUGCUGCGCUGAAGGACAGUAUCCCACCUGCUUUAACACCACCUGCGCAGAUAACCCCACCUGCCCGGCGGGAUUCUUAGAGGGGAACUCUCGCUCAGGGGAACGACAGAACGAGUGCGGGUGGAGAAUGUCGCGAAAAACUUGUUGUCGUUCUGGUAACGAUCAAUUUGCAGGAAGGGAUGGACUCUCGUCACAGGGUGGAUUUUAUGACCAACAACAACAAUCCCGCGGAACACCGGAGGGGUGCAUAUUUUCAGACUGUCAACAAUACGCCAGAUGUCCGUUAUCUUAUACAGAAAUGUUCACUGACAGAAAAACUUGUCCAAGCGGUCGUGAACGGAACAUGUGCUGUCGUCAAGAUCUCCUCCCGCAGUGCAUCGAAACCCUGUGCGAUUCUACCUACUCGGUCCAAUGUCCUUACGGAUACAGAGAGCAGAGCAGAGGAAAUCAGGGGUGCAGUAGUAGCCUAGAUACCAAACUGUAUUGCUGUUCGGACUCUCGACAACAGGGCCACUGUUACAAUACGACUUGCACGAAUAGCGGGCAGACCGAGUGUCGUCGCGGGUACGCUGCGACUGCGAGGGGAAAAGGGGUUGAGUGGGGCUGCCCUUGGACAGCGUAUAAAUCUACGUGCUGCGAAACUGGAAGUUGGAAUGGUGAACCUAGUUUUGGGCCUAACAUCGUGACGAUGAUUGCCAUUUUAUUUGGGGCUAGAUUCUUGCCAGGGUGUGUUUGAGGGUAGAAAAUAACACAAUUUUUUCCCCUGUUACAGAACCGUUGUUAGCACUCUUUAACUGUGUACACUACAAAUAAUCCUGUGUUAAUUUAACACCGUGCGCGGUGCAUAUAUCUAUAACUAAACCCCGUGGUGUCAAUUAUUGUCACCAAAACGGUGACAAAUUUAUAACACACGGUGCUACACUUAAAUGGAUAUAAAUUAACACCAAAUGGUUACAAAUUUAUACCAAAUUAACACCAAGAAUUUUAUACCGCGUGACUACCCCGAAUUAUUUGCAGUGCAGUUUUAAUAUGUUUUAAAUCUUAAAUCGAACUUAAUCCUUAUUUCCAAAAGUUUCAUGAGGAAUUUAAUGGAACUUAUGUUUUGUUAAAAAUACCUAAAUAUUACAUUUAUUGUUAAACUCUGUAUUUUUAUUGUAACUUUACUUAAUCAUUCAAUUUGUAGGUUAUUUUAGUCUAGUACAAAUUUCUCCAUGACGUACAAGGAAAACCUACAGGGUUGAUGAAACUGAAAAAGUAGCAUAUUAAAGGUUACUACUUUACUAGGUUAAUAGAGCCAUAGACAAGUUGUGCAUUUGUAAAAUUUCUACGAGAAAAUAAAUGUUUAUGAAGAAAUGACAAA